CCGCGGAUUUUCUGUACCUCAGGCCCCGGUGCCCCCUGCUCUCAGGCCCGGAGAUGCCAUUACUUUUUCUUGAGCGUUUCCCAUGGCCCAGCCUGCGGACUUACACGAUACUGAGCGGCCUCUUGUUGGGCCUGAGUUUACUUAGCGCCUACAGGACGCUAAACGGAGAACUCGGCGAUACUAAUCCGGGAGAAGCGGCAGAAUCUGGGGAUAGAUUUUCAGAAGAGGUGGAGGACUGGGCCGUGGAGCUGGGCCAGUACCUGGUAUCUGACAGUUUGGGGGUGUGGGUUCUUGUGAACACUGUGUGCUGUUUGCUGAUGUUAUUUGCUAAAUUAAUCCAGUAUAUGGUGUUUGGACCUCUGCGUGUCAGUGAGAGGCAGCAUUUGAAGGACAAGUUCUGGAACUUCAUAUUCUACAAGUUUAUCUUCAUCUUUGGGGUUCUGAACGUACAGACAGUGGAGGAGGUAGUGAUGUGGUUCCUGUGGUUUGCCGGCCUAGUGUUUCUACACCUUAUGGUGCAGCUUUGCAGGGACAGGUUUGAAUAUCUGUCAUUCUCUCCGACCACCCCGAUGAGCUGCCACAUUCUGUUGGUCUUGCUGAAUGCUAUGCUUUUGGCGUGCUGUGGGCUGGCGGUGUUGUGCGUUCUGGCAGGAUACAGCCAUGGGAUGCACACACUGGCUUUCAUGGCUGCAGAGUGUAUGCUGGUGACUGUGAGAACAGCACACGUUGUCUUACGCUAUGUCAUCCAUCUCUGGGACCUAAAUCACGAAGGUACAUGGGAAAGCAAAGGGACAUAUGUGUAUUACACAGAUUUUGUAAUGGAGCUCAGCCAGCUCUCCAUGGACCUGACACAUCAUAUCCACAUGUUGCUGUUCGGCAAUAUCUGGCUUUCCAUGGCCAGCUUGGUCAUUUUCAUGCAACUUCGACAUCUCUUCCAUGAGUUUCAGCGUCGACUCAAACGUCACAAGAAUUAUCUAAGGGUUGUUGGAAACAUGGAAGCUCA